AUGGAUGUCGAUGAGUUGAAGGAUGAAUUUCGACAGCGAUUUAAUUGCAGUGCAAAAUAUAUUGUUCGUUGUCCAGGACGAGUUAAUUUAAUUGGUGAACAUAUUGAUUAUAGUGGUUACGGUGUAUUACCAAUGGCAAUUAGCGCCUCGACGUAUAUUUUAGCUUCACUUCAUGAUACCAAUGAAAUUGUGUUCCAAAAUAUUAAUACAGCAUUCAGAGCACAUACAUAUAAAUUUUGCGAUAAUUGGAUUGGUAGUAAGAAACCCGAAUGGUUUCAUUAUUUUUUAUGCGGCUGGAAAGGUGUGUUAAGGCGUUUGAAUAUGUUACCGAAAGGUAUGAAUGUAUUAGUUCACGGUACUAUACCAACAGGUGCUGGUCUCUCUAGUUCUAGUUCUCUCGUAUGCGCCGCGGCAUUGGUAACACUUGCACUGCAUACGGGGCGAGAUUUUGAUAUUAUCAAUAAGACAGAAUUUGCUGAAUUGUGUGCUGAAGUAGAGCGAUACGUGGGUGUGGAAGGUGGUGGUAUGGAUCAAGCAAUCGAAAUUUUAGCUAAUGAAGGCUCUGCAAUGCUCAUUGACUUCAAUCCACUUAGAUUUGCACCAGUUACACUUCCCGAAAAUGCUCUCUUCGCUGUGAUUCAUUCUGGAGAAGCGCUUAAUAAGGCAGCUACCUCUCAAUACAAUGAACGUGUUGUGGAAUGUCGUCUAGCAGCUCAGAUCAUAGCAAAAGUGUAUGAACUAGAAAGUUGGAAAGAAAUUCGAACGUUAGGUGAAGUUGCACAGCGAUUGCAGAAGACUGCUCAAGAAAUGAUUGUAGUAGUAGAGGAAGUGCUAUCCGAUCAUGUUUACACCAAGGACAAUGCUCUUAGCUUGUUAGGCAUAUCAAAUGAAAAUUUCAACCAAACAAUCCUUUCAGCGAACACUCAGCACAUGGAAACAUUUAAACUGGCGCAAAGAGCAAAACAUGUGUACAUGGAGGCAGAUCGAGUUCGUUUAUUUCAUGAAGCAUGUAAAAGUGGUAAUGUGGAAGAGAUGGGGAAACUGAUGACCGAAAGCCAUAAUAGCUGUAAGGAACUAUUCGAAUGUUCCUGCAAUAAACUAGAUGAAGUAGUGGAGAACUGUUUACGAAAUGGUGCAUUAGGUGCGCGACUUACGGGAGCUGGCUGGGGUGGUUGCGCCGUUGCGCUUUUUGACAUCAAACAGUCCGAUCUGGAAGUGUUGUUUUGGAGUGGACCUGCUAGUGGUAUACAGUUGAUGAAAUGCUAA